UACAAGCGUUUUGGUUUCUGCGGAAUUCCACUUGAGACCCUGUAACAAGGUGACCAUUUUCUUGGUAUAUACACUGUUUAAAACAACACGUUAAGAUUGUGUAUCAUUCGUUAACACACCAGGACCGUCGUUUGUUAAUGUAUACCUGCAUGUUGCGACUGGAAGAUCCUGAUCGAGUGGUUGUCAUGGGAGACAAAUUAAGGGCGAAUAUAUUGAUCCGGACAGAUUGCCGUUUGUGUUUGCAAAUACCUUCAUGUUUCCAGAGUUCACACUGACCAGACGGGCUGAUGUCAUGCAAGUAAUACUGUGACGAUGCAAUAACAGACUCAUUCACAUGUUAUUUUGACAAAAGAUGACAUGACUUCUAAAAGCCACGCCAAUGGAGAUAACAGUGUUCUGUCCUUUCACGGUAAAGAUGGCGCAGCUAGACUGGCAUCAGUAGCUUUCGGCGUGACCCAGGACAUAAUUCUACAGAAGGUCAGGGAAUCCAUGUCGAGGCUAACCUCCGCACCAAACAUCACGACAGACUCCUUGUAUAACGAUCUCAGAUACAUCUGGCAACACCUUCAAAAAGCCGACUGCCAUUUCAGAGCUAGACUACUGGUUGCUCUGAACGACCAAGGGAUUGUCCAGGUUGUCCAGAAGAGCUGGGAAACUGUAGGACAUAUUGUUGGCACUGAUAACGAUGCCAGUGAUUCGUGGAAGUGUAUUCGGCUUGCUACGUCAUUGCUGUGGAUAGCAUCAGACGCCCUUGCAGAAACAUGUCGCGAGGUAACACACUCAGGGCUUCUGUUGACAGUUGUUAAACAUUUGCGAAGUAUGUCCAGCAACAAUGUGCUAGACAAACCCAGAAAGCUAUACUUUCUAAAGGCGAUGCUGGGACUCUGCCACAACGUUGUGCGGAAUCACACAGAAGGCAAAGAUGUACUGAAAACCGCACACGGAGUUGAGAUUCUCAAACAGCUGUAUUGUUCGGCUAACUCAACCAACAUGAUGCUGAAAGCCAAAUCCCUGAUCGUCCUGUCGUAUCUGGUGGAUGAGAAGGAGAGCGAGGUAAUCCACGCCUCAUCUGACACGAUCAGCUUCAUCCUGGGUAUCCUCGACGCUAGCUUGUCGUCUGCAGACCACGCCUCCACUAAAUACGGGAUGAAUUCUCUCGAGAUCGUGCUGGGUCUGAAUAACAUCGCGCUGCAUGACACCAACAAGUUGACGGUGGUGCGGUGUGGCGCUGUGUCCAUGUACACCCAGCUCCUGGAGUCGUCGGACCCGCAGGAGCAGACGGCCGCUGGGAAUGGCGUCUGGUGUCUGUCUUUUGUCAAGGAGAACAAGCUGUGGAUCAAAGAGGAGCAGCAGUGUAUAAAAGCUCUUCGGUGCCUAGCCAAUAAAGGAAAUACCCCAGCCGGUCACGCAGCCAGAGGUGCAUUGUGGGAAAUAUUUCGAGAUGUUGAAAUAUCCCACAGAGAAGAGCAAGAAGCUAACGCCCGUCACGUGAUGAUAAGCUACCAAUGGGAGUCUCAGUCUAUCAUGGUCAUGGUGAAGGACAGACUCAAACAGGCCGGGUACAAAGUGUGGAUGGAUGUGGAAUUCAUGAGUGGGUCGACAUUGGAGGCCAUGGCUCUGGCCGUGGAAAAAGCGGCCGUCAUCCUGAUAUGUAUGACAGAGAAAUACAAGGAGAGUCCAAGCUGCCGAACAGAAUCAGAAUAUGUAUUCCGUCUGCGAAAAGACAUCGUCCCACUUCGCCUGCAGCACAAGUACCAACCAGACGGCUGGCUGGGCAUGCUGGUGGGAAGCAGACUCUAUUUUGACUUCUCCAGUGAAGAGCUCGUUGACAAACAGAUGCCAAAACUCAUCAAGGAGCUGGGAACGCGGGGAUUCAUCGAAAGGCCACUCGAAGAUGCUAUAGAUGGGAUUCCAAUAACACAGAUACCCGAAAAAGCUGUCCAUUCAGAAAAGUCCAGUCAAGGUGUAACGUCCUGGUCGAGAAACGUGGUCCGUGAUUGGUUGGAAAAUAUUGGCUUGAAGAGUUUAGCUGACAGGCUUACUGAUGUGGACGGGAUGCUGCUAUCAGAGAUGAUUAAACUGGAAAGAAAAUCGCCGGAGUUUUUCUACCACUCGCUCAAGUCAGACUUCUCGCUCAGUUUCUGUGAUAUUUUAAAACUUUCCAGGGGACUCAGUCAGUUACAGUUGUAAAACAAAUUAUAAUAAAAACUUGUCUAUAA